AGUGGCGCAGGCGCAGAGCAUUGCAAGUCUCGGGACCCCGCUUGGAGAGACUAUGGCGCUCAACAAGAAUCACUCGGAGGGCGGCGGAGUGAUCGUCAACAACACCGAGAGCAUCCUAAUGUCCUAUGAUCAUGUGGAAGUUACCUUCAAUGACAUGAAGAAUGUGCCAGAGGCCUUCAAAGGGACCAAGAAGGGUACUGUCUACCUUACCCCUUACCGGGUCAUCUUUCUGUCUAAGGGGAAGGACGCCAUGCAGUCCUUCAUGAUGCCGUUUUAUCUGAUGACGGACUGUGAGAUCAAGCAGCCUGUGUUUGGUGCAAACUACAUCAAAGGAACAGUGAAAGCCGAAGCAGGAGGUGGCUGGGAGGGGUCCGCUUCCUACAAGUUGACCUUCACAGCAGGGGGCGCCAUUGAGUUUGGACAACGGAUGCUCCAGGUGGCCUCUCAAGCCUCCAGAGGUGAAGCCCUCAAUGGAGCCUAUGGGUACCCUUACAUGCCCAGCGGGGCCUAUGUCUUUCCCCCGCCAGUCGCCAAUGGAAUGUACCCCUGCCCUCCUGGCUACCCCUAUCCACCGCCCCCACCUGAGUUCUAUCCAGGACCUCCUAUGAUGGACGGGGCCAUGGGAUACGUGCAGCCGCCACCCCCACCCUAUCCUGGGCCCAUGGAACCUCCAGUCAGCGGCCCCAAUGUCCCUUCCACUCCUGCAGCUGAAGCCAAGGCCGCAGAAGCAGCUGCCAGCGCCUACUACAACCCAGGCAACCCACACAACGUGUACAUGCCCACGAGCCAGCCGCCUCCGCCACCCUACUACCCCCCAGAAGACAAGAAGACCCAGUAGAUCCCGCCCACCUCCCUGCUGCCUACCCUCAGCAUCCUGUCCUGCCUCUCCCUGGGGGCUGCAGCCUGGACUGGGGAGGCCAGAGAGGGCCCCGUGCUUCCCCAGCUCUGACCAUAAACAGUUACGGAAUGAGCGCUGGCUGAGGGAGGGUAGGGCUCCCAGCUCAGCCCAGGGCGCCGCGCCGCCCGGCGUCCCCCUCGCCGGCUCUGGGGUUCUCCGGAGCGCAGGAUAUCCCCUGUUCCCAUUUCGCUCUAGUAGCCACCUUCCCACAGAGGGACUCUGGCCACUCCUACAGCAGUCUAGCCCCCCUCAGUCCGGUGGCUCCUGCACUCAACCUCGUGGGCUCAUCAUCCGACCAGCCACGUGUCUCUCUCACGGGCCCUGCCAGGCUGAAUUCACAUUCCUUCCCCUAGUCUGUGCCUAGUCCUGGAAGGCCACUGUCACGGUGGACUGUCAGCCCACAUUCCACUCAGCCAGGCUCUGGCCCUGUCACACCAACCCUGCCACCCUUUGUCCUCACUCAUUCUCUUGCCCCCUCUUGAACUGGGGAGUUUUUCCACUAGCUUCCAUGGGUUGGGGGCCAUUGAGGGCAAGGACACUAUGUCUGGGAGGAAGUCUUUGUGACCCUCCUCUCUCCAAGGGGCUUCUCCAUUGGAGCAGUAGAGCACAUGCCUCGUCGCAGGCCCUUUGGGGGCCGCCGAUAGGCUGGAAAUGAGGGCCUCCAACCCUGUGUACCCUGUAACCUGCUGCCUGCUCCUGCUCCCCAUAAGCUUCAUGCCCCUUGGAUGCACUAAGAUUUGCUCUUUUCUUCCUGGACUGGCUGUAAAGCAAGGAGAUGGUUAUUUAAAGAGAAUUCCCUAUUUAUUUGACGACAAAAAAAUCCAGUUAAUAUAUUAAUGUGAAAUAAACCCCGUUUGCACCUUGAUUUGUUUGCAACAACUGUGAAAUAGUAAAAAUGAAGUGACUGGA